AUGAGUUCGGACGAUUUAAAAUUUUAUAUAAAUAAGCAUAAAAAGGCAUAUGAGGAAAGAGUCAAAAAAGAAGAAGAAGAAAGGAAAAAAAAAGAAAAUGAGGAAAAAAUAAAUGAAAAAAAUAUAAAUGAAAAUAAAGAAAAUAAGGGAGAAGUUUCCUUGAAGAAAGAGGAGCAAGAAAUGCAAAAUGAAAAUCAUACAGAUGUGAAUCAAGUGGAUGAGGACUACUUAUAUGCUCUGAAAUUAAAUGAGGCCUUAAAUGGUACCGGGGCAAAUGACAUAAACUCAAAUUCAAAUAUUUUAAAUAAUAAUGAUUUUACAAGGGUUAAUGAAAUUAUGCAUGACGAAGGAAUAAUGGAAAAUGAAGAAGAUGAAGUAAGAAAACCAGAUAAUACUUACGUCGAAUGUCUUUUGGAUGAUAGUAAUUUGUUACCCUUUUCUCGGAAUAUGAAUAUUCUUCCUAUGAACAGAAGGAGAAAUCAUAUGAAUCGAAUAAAUAAUAUGAAUCGAAUAAAUAAUAUGAAUCGAAUAAAUAAUAUGAAUAGCAUAAAUAAUAUGAAUCGAAUAAAUAAUAUGAAUAGCAUAAAUAAUAUGAAUAGCAUAAAUAAUAUGCAUAGCAUAAAUAAUAUGCAUAGCAUAAAUAAUAUGAAUAGCAUAAAUAAUAUGAAUAGCAUAAAUAAUAUGAAUAGCAUAAAUAAUAUAAAUCAUAUGAGCAAUAUGAACAGUAUAAAUAAUAUUACCAAUAUAAAUAAUAUGAACAAUAUAAGCAAUUUGAACAAUAUAAAUUUUGUAAACAGUCUAAAUCUUCAUUAUGUUGAUGAACAGAAUAACAUUGUUAUAAAUUCAAUAAAUAAAGAGGAGGAGGACUAUAAUAAUAAUGUAAACAUAUAUACCGAAUCAUAUACAGAGAAUAAUAAAAUUUCAUAUACUAUUGACGAUAAAGAAACGAGCAACUUGCCUAUGGAACAUAAUAAACAUGUACAUAACAUACAUAAUUAUAAUAUAAAUUCUAAUAAAAAUAAAAUCAGAAACCUCACAGGAGGUCAUAAGAAUAAUGAAAAUAUUAUAACUAUAGGAGAUAACAAUGAUAACGUAAAUUAUGAUCAUAUGACAGGAGAAUAUUUAAAUGAUGGUAUGCAGAGUGGUAAGUUUGUAGAUUUUCCAUGUAAUAAUAACAUAUACCGUAAAAACAAAAUUGGUGAUAAUAAUAUGUCGAUAAAACAAAGUGGGAACCAUAAAAAAGAAAAUAAUAUUACGUCAAUUAAUGAUAAUACAAAUAAGGAAGUAAUAAAUAAGUUCGAUAAAAAUUAUUUAGAUAAAAAUUACUUCGAUAUUGAUGAUUAUUGUAAUUUAAAUAAUGUGUAUAAAAAGAAGUCCAAGAGUGUUAAGAAAAAUGUAGAUUUAGAAAAAUCACCCUAUGACGUAAAUAAUAUAAAAAGAAAAAAUAAAAUACAAGAUACCGAUAAAAAUAUAGAUGACCCCAAAAAGGAUGCAUUUAAUAAAAGUAAUGAAGUGAAUUAUGUUCUGAAUGAAUUUACAUGUAGUACAAAUAAUGACAUUCGCGAAAAAAAAAAAAAAAAUGAAUAUAUAUUAAUAGAUGAUAAUAAUAAUAAUAAUGAUAAUAUUUAUGAUGAUAAUAUUUAUGAUGAUAAUAUUUAUGAUGAUAAUAUGUAUGAUGAUAAUUCCUUGUCGAGGAAGACAAAGAAAAAGAAAAGCAGCAAAAAUAAAUCAGUAGAUAGUAACAUAUGUGUAGAUACAAAUAGUAAGGAUAAUCUAUUGAAUAGACCUGGGAUAAGAACUUCAGAGAAAGAUAUUAUUACAAAUAAUAACAUAUGCUCAAAGAGCUCCUCAGGUGAUUCAUAUCUUUAUGGAGAUAUUUCCCCUGUAUCGAUUCAUAAGAAUGAAAAGAAAAAAAAAAAAACAAACAAACAAAAUGGUGGUAAUGAUAAGAAUGAAGAAAUGGAUAUGUCUAUGAUUAAUAGAAAGGAAGAGAAUCCUUACAAAAAUAUUAUAUAUAAUAAUAAUAUAAUGAAUUGUGUAGAAAAUUAUAAUUAUUCUCCAAAUAAAAAUAUUCAAGAAGGAAAUGCUUCUUCGAAAUUUCUUUUGUAUAAUUCAAAAGGUGACAAUUACUUAAAUUAUAAUUAUAUUAAUAAUAAUAAUAUAAAUACAUCUGAGCAUAAUUUUACGAUUCAUAAUAAAUUUUUAUCCCAUACAAAUAAUAUUAUAACAAGUAAUAAUAUAAAAUCACAAAUCCAUAACAACAACAACAACAACAACAAUAAUAAUAAUAAUAAUAAUAAUAAUAAUAAUAAGAGUAGUAAUUUUCAUUAUUCAAGUGAGAGCUUUUUUAAAUAUAUGAAAAGUCAACCAAGUAAUAAAUCAAAUAGAAACUUUGUGACGAAUGUACAUAAUGAAAAUAGUAACAUUAUAUGUAACCCAAAUAUUGAACAUACGACACAUGAAAUAUGUAAAAAUAAUAUUAUUUCAAAUAAUAAUUCUUAUCAUGAAACAUAUGAUAACAAAGGAAGUAUAAAUAAUCAUAUGAACAUCUUUGAAAGAAGGAACAAUUUUUAUUUGAAUAAAGUUGAUCAGAAUGGUGUUACAGGAAAAUGUUCGGUGACUUAUGGACAUAAGGAAAAUAAAGACCCAAGCACAAAUGGUAUAAAUGGUAUAAAUAGUAUAAAUGGUAUAAAUAGUAUAAAUAGUGUGAAUAGUAUAAAUAGUGUGAAUAGUAUAAAUAGUAUAAAUAGUGUGAAUAGUAUAAAUAGUGUGAAUAGUAUGAAUGGUAUGAAUAGUAUGAAUAGUAUGAAUAGUAUGAAUAGUAUGCAUAAUAUAAAUACUAUACAUAAUAACAACAUAAUUUAUAAUAAUAAUAAUAAUAUUCAUUAUAAUCAUCACAUUCAUAAUAAUGAUGAUAGAAGCAACGUUAAUCCUUUUCGAAAUCAUGUUUCAGAACAAAACGAUACAAACAAUACAUCUCUCCAGAAUACCAUAAACGUAAAAAAAAUUAUAAAAGAUUAUUAUACCAUGAAUAAUAGAAAUUAUGAUCAGGUAAAUAUAUUUGGAAGUGUGUCUAAUAGGAACCUGAAUAAUAACAACCGUUAUAUGGCGGACACCUAUGCUUAUGAUAGAAGAAAAAGUAAAAAUGAUUCAAAGGAUGAUGAGAAGAAUAUGUUAAAUAAUAACAACAAUAAUAAUAAUAAUAAUAAUAACAAUAAUAAUAAUAACAAUAAUAAUAAUAAUAAUAAUUAUAAUUACAACUAUAAUUAUAACAAUUUUUGUAAAAGCCAUAAUGUGUAUAAUACAAAUAAACAAGACAUCAUAAAUAAUAAUCAACAUAUGUACUAUUCAGUGAAAAGUAUUUCAUCAGGUGACUUGUUAAACAAAACGCCCACACAAAACGAAAUAGAACAAGAGAAUUAUAAAAAAGAAGGGAAUUAUUUUGACAAACCUUUAGAUAAUAUGAACUCAAACGAACUUGAAAGAAAACAUAAUGACAGGGUUAUACAUUAUGAUAAUAAUGCAAAUGAAGAAGGAUUAAUAUCUUCAUCUUCUCCUUAUAGUUAUGAUAAUACAAAUGAAGAUGAUAUAAAUGUUCAGCUAGCUAUUAUCAACAGUUUGAUUGAUAUGUAA